AUGUUGAUGGUAUCGUGCGUGUCGUGUGGCGCGGGCUUGCGGGGCGCGGGGAGCGGUGAGGGCGAAGGCCCCGCGCUGCUCACUCAACUAAUUAAAAUACUUUGCACUGAGCAAUCGGCAAGCAAUAAUAAUAAGAGACGGUGUCGAGGGUCAAGUUAUCGGAGUUCAGGCGGCGAGGGCCACGCCGCGGCCGCGUGGGCCCGCGAGAUCGGUGAAAGCUGUACCCCAUUAAUUGUUCAGGUGCGCGGGACACGCGGUAUGCAUCUAUUUCGGGAGUCGUUGACCGCGGGUUUGGCACUGCGGCCGGUUUUAUUCUGUCGAGCAUCGUUCCGGGAGCAUCGCGGGCCUGACUCGGCCACGCGGGAAUUUCAGGCGAUGACGUCACUAUGUGUCCCCACACCGGGGCAUAAAUGA